GUCUAAAUCUCUGCUAUUCUUCCAAACCUACAGGUUCUGUCUGGAAUGAGUGGGUGAUGUUGCUAACUGAGAUAAGAUAAUGAGACCUGGGAGAUUACCCAAGUGAUAGAAGAUAUGCCUGGUGAAUUACUGGAGGCUAUCCACUGUCAUUUUCCCAGUACUUCCCCAAAUUAUGUUUGAUGCUGCCGUUCUUCUACUUGAGCUAAAUGGAUGAGGCAAUACAUCUGAGCUAGAGAUCAGACUACUGUAUUCUACUGAAGAAGAUGUCUAACAGUAACACUACUCAAGAGACUCUAGAAAUAAUGAAAGAAUCGGAAAAAAAACUGGUAGAAGAAUCUGUGAACAGAAACAAGUUUAUGAUUAAGACUCCAAGUAAGGAAGAUUUCGAGAAAGAGAGUGAAUAUACCAGUUCACGCCAGGAGACACAGGAUUAUGAAUUCCUUUUUGACAAGAGACGGACAUCCAACCAUGGUCAUGCCAGAAAAAGAGCCAAGUCUAAUUCCAAGCUAAAGUUGGUACGAAGCUUGGCUGUAUGUGAAGAAUCCUCUGCCCCCUUUGCUGAUGGGCCACUCGACACCCAGGAUAUCAUUCAUUUGCACAUCAGCUGCCCCUCUGACAAGGAGGAGGAAAAGUCCACAAAAGAUGUCUCUGAAAAAGAAGACAAGGACAAAAAUAAAGAAAAGGUUCCAAAGAAGAUGCUGUCUAGAGAUUCCAGCCAAGAAUAUACAGACUCUACUGGGAUAGACCUACAUGAAUUUCUUGUAAAUACACUGAAAAAAAAUCCAAGGGACAGAAUGAUGCUGCUAAAAUUAGAACAGGAUAUUCUGGAAUUCAUUAAUGACAACAAUAACCAGUUCAAGAAGUUCCCUCAGAUGACCUCCUAUCAUCGAAUGCUUUUACACCGGGUAGCAGCCUAUUUUGGAAUGGACCACAAUGUUGAUCAAACUGGAAAAGCUGUCAUCAUCAACAAAACGAGUAACACAAGAAUCCCUGAACAGAGGUUUUCAGAACAUAUAAAGGAUGAGAAGAAUUCAGAAUUUCAACAGAGGUUCAUUCUCAAGAGAGAUGAUGCCAGUAUGGACCGAGAUGAUAACCAGAUCAGAGUUCCAUUACAGGAUGGAAGGAGGAGCAAGUCAAUAGAAGAGAGAGAGGAGGAAUAUCAAAGGGUCCGAGAGAGAAUAUUUGCCCGAGAGACUGGCCAGAACGGAUAUCUAAGUGACAUCAGACUCUCCAAAGAAGCCUUUUCUUCUAGCUCUCACAAGAGAAGGCAGAUUUUUAGGGGGAACCGUGAGGGGCUGAGUCGCACCUCCAGCAGUCGCCAGAGCAGCACAGACAGUGAACUCAAAUCUCUGGAGCCACGGCCUUGGAGCAGCACAGACUCUGAUGGUUCUGUUCGAAGCAUGCGUCCCCCAGUCACCAAAGCCAGCAGUUUCAGUGGAAUCUCUAUCCUCACCCGAGGUGAUAGCAUUGGGAGCAGUAAAGGUGGCAGUUCAGGAAGGAUCUCUCGGCCAGGUAUGGUGCUAGGUGCCCCAGAAGUAUGCAACCAGGUCCCCUCAUCCCAGUCUGUCCGGGGCCUUCUUCCUUGUACUGUCCAGCAGCAGCAACAGCAACAGCAGCAGCAGCAGCAGCAGCAACAGCAACAGCAACUUCCUGCUCUCCCACCCACACCUCAGCAACAGCCACCCCUGAAUAAUCACAUGAUCUCACAGCCAGUCCCGGCUCUGCAGCCCUCUCCGCAGCCUGUUCAGUUUUCUCCAAGCUCCUGUCCCCAAGUCCUUCUGCCAGUCUCUCCGCCCCAGCAGUACAACAUGGCAGAUGACCUCAGCAACCCCUUUGGACAAAUGAGCCUUAGCCGACAAGGUUCCACUGAAGCAGCCGACCCGUCCUCAGCUCUCUUUCAGCCCUCACUCAUCCCGCAGCAUCCUCAGCAAACAAGCUUCAUUAUGGCUUCUCCAGGACAGCCCCUCCCUGCUUCCAACUAUUCCACCUCGAGCCACACACCCCCUACUCAGCAAGUCCUGCCACCCCAGAGCUACAUGCAGCCCCCACAGCAGAUCCAGGUUUCUUACUAUCCUCCUGGACAGUAUCCUAACACCAACCAGCAAUAUCGACCUCUCUCACACCCGGUGGCCUAUAGCCCCCAGCGUGGUCAGCAGUUGCCCCAGCCAUCCCCGCAGCCGGGUUUACAGCCCAUGAUGCCUAACCAGCAGCAGGCAACUUACCAAGGCAUGAUUGGGGUCCAGCAGCCACAGAACCAGGGCCUGCUCAACAACCAGAGGAACAGCCUGGGGGGCCAGAUGCAAGGCCUUGUGGUUCAAUACUCUCCACUGCCUUCUUACCAAGUCCCAGUGGGUAAUGACUCACAGAAUGUGGUCCAGCCGCCUUUCCAGCAACCUAUGUUGGUUCCUGUGAGUCAGUCUGUGCAAGGAGGCCUCCCAGCAGGGGGCGUUCCAGUAUACUACAGCAUGAUCCCCCCAGCUCAGCAGAAUGGUACUAGCCCUUCUGUGGGAUUUCUGCAACCUCCUGGCUCUGAGCAGUUCCAGAUGCCUCAGUCUCCUUCUCCCUGCAGUCCACCACAGAUGCCACAGCAGUACUCAGGAGUGUCACCAUCUGGACCAGGUGUGGUGGUCAUGCAACUCAAUGUUCCAAAUGGACCCCAGCCCCCACAGAACCCAUCUAUGGUCCAGUGGAGUCACUGUAAAUACUAUAGCAUGGAUCAACGGGGACAGAAACCUGGAGACCUGUACAGUCCUGACAACAGUGCCCAGGCCACCUCACAACUCAGCAGCAGCCCCGUCACAUCUCCUACCCAAUCUCCAGCACCUUCUCCUGUUGCCAGCCUCAGCAAUGUUUGCACUGGACUCAGCCCCCUUCCAGUCCUCACACAGUUCCCCCGACCUGGGGGUCCAGCACAAGGUGAUGGACGCUACUCACUCUUGGGCCAGCCAUUACAGUACAACUUGUCCAUGUGCCCCCCCUUGCUCCACGGCCAGUCGUCUUACACAGUACACCAGGGGCAGAGUGGAUUGAAGCAUGGAAACCGAAGCAAGAGACAAGCACUCAAAUCUGCCUCCACUGACCUAGGGACAACAGACGUUGUCCUCGGUCGGGUGCUAGAGGUGACAGAUCUCCCUGAAGGCAUCACCCGGACCGAGGCGGAUAAACUCUUCACUCAGCUCGCCAUGUCUGGUGCCAAGAUCCAGUGGCUCAAAGAGGCUCAUGGGCUGCCUGGGGGGGGUGGAGGAGACAACGGUGGGACUGCCGAGAACGGCCGCCACGCGGACCUCGCUGCCUUGUACACCAUCGUGGCUGUGUUCCCCAGCCCCCUGGCUGCCCAAAAUGCCUCCCUUCGCCUCAACAACUCCGUGAGUCGCUUCAAACUUCGAAUGGCCAAAAAGAACUAUGACCUGAGGAUCUUGGAGCGAGCCAGCUCCCAAUAAAUGGAGGAGGAGAAGGGAACCACCCAGUGGAGCUGGGGCAGGGUGAAGAGGCACCUGACGCACAUAGACAGAGGCAGAGAGUAAGAACUGACCCCGAGCUGGCCCCUGACUUGGGGCGAAGAUGGGAAGAGAAGCCACGCUGGCACUGGGCUCCUCACUCCCUGCCAUAGGUCCCCUCUUAUUCCCUGACCCUCACUGCUGCUUCUCUCUUCCUUCCCAUCCUCUUCUAUCAUUUUUUUUUAUCUCUCCUCCUACCGUGAAAUUAAUUUCAUACUUUUUGGUCAGGCAGAAUUGGGAAGGCCCCACACUCCCCUAUUCUCCUAUUACCUUUUUAUCCCAAAUUCCCUUUUCUUUUUUGGUCUUUAUGAAUAUAUUUAUAUGGACAGAAUUAAGAAAAAAAAACAAAUUUGAUUUCCCUUUUCUCUCACUUCUCCCAACUUGUCUCCCCCAAGCCUCACAGAGUUAAAAACCCCCAGAACACUUGUAUAUUGUUUGUUUGAGGUUCGUGCCACAGUAACAGACACAGUAUUUAAUUACACAUAAAGACGUUUGCUGGGUAUAUUCACUGUAAAUUUUAUUUAAUCGGAUUUUUUUGUUUGUUUGGGGAGGCUCUUGGGGGGAGGUUGAUUUUGUUUUUAAAUAUAAAAAAAAAUCUGUCACUGGA